AAACCCUCCACCUCACCUCACAAAAGAAACGUCUCUUUGGGUCUCACUUUCUCGUUUGCACUAGAAGCUUUGAUUAUUUUUUUAACACGAGGCUAAAUAAGUAGCUAUAUUCGCUUGCCAUGGAUCAACCACCACUGUACCAGCCAGAGUUAGUCCCAAUGAAAGGAAAUAAGUACAUGAGUCUUGAAGACACUCACGGAGCGCCCAAGUUCCAACAUACCGUCGUCUUGGGACAGCCACAGCCCGUUGUACCUCAGCCCAGGGAUCACAUUAUCUGGUCGCUUUGCAGCCUCGUGUACGGCAACCCAUUCUGUCUCGGAAUGUUAGCGGUGUAUUUCUCCAUACAGUCCAGGGACAGGAAGAUGGUUGGAGACUUGGAAGGAGCAAGAAAACACGGGAAGACUGCAUGCUGCUUUAAUACUGUGACUCUGACUUUGACAAUCCUCGGGCUGCUCUUCUUAUUCAUCACCUAUGGUAUCAUCAUCUACCAAGUUACACACUGAGUAGUCCCAGUCUUUGCCUUUGUAACAAGUGUUCAUUUGAAGUCUUGGCAGGUGCUGUACACCUCUAGGAUUGUGUCCUGAUACAUUUCAGCUCAUCUCUUAAACACACACACACCACAGAAGUUCCUUCAGCACGGUCUACCAGAUCUUAUUUGCACUUCUUUAGUUUUGUGUUUUAAGGAUGCAAGAUGAUUCUUUUGAAGUUCCAUUCAAAUGUAAUUUUUUAUGAAUAAAUUCAACCUUUUUGUAAAUGCAUUACAUUUCAGUUUUUAUAGCUGUGAAUGGAUGUUAACGACUCUGUGACACUCAUCCCAUAUAGACAUACACUCACUUAACAAGAAAACAAUUCCCAUGGCUUUGUAUCUACUUGGCAGAGACAGCGUAACAGAACUUGGCUCGGGUCAGCAAUUAAACUGUUUACUGAACAUACA